UUGAAACAACACAUUAUAGUUUGCUUGUGAGAAAAAAGAAAAGAAGGAAAAAAUAGCGUUAUAGUAAUCAUCAAUUUUGUUAAGAAAUUUAUAUAUAAAAUGGCAGCUGGGAACUCAUCGGCUACUCUCACAUUUGCAAUCGGCCUUGUUGGCAAUGUUAUUUCAUUCUUCGUGUUUCUUUCUCCAUUACCAACAUAUUAUAAAGUGUACAAGAAGAAAUCGACCGAAGGAUUUCAAUCAACACCUUACGUCGUUGGCUUGUUCAGUGCGAUGCUUUGGAUAUAUUACGCGCUGCUUAAGACUGAUGCCAUGCUUUUAAUCACUAUUAACUCUGUUGGAUGCUUCAUCCAAACCUUCUACAUUUGCUUUUUUCUCUUUUACGCCCCAAAAAGAGCUAGAAUGGAGUGCUUGAUAGUCAUCGUGUUGUUGAUAGUUGUUGGAUUCGGAUUAAUAGUUGUGCUCACUUACUUUCUUGCUCAUGGAGCUACCCGUGGCGUGAUAGUUGGAUGGAUUUGCCUUGUGUUUUCCUUGUGUGUUUUCCUUGCACCUUUGGGGGUUUUGAAAAAAGUUUUUAAAUCAAAGAGUGUGGAGUUCAUGCCAAUUCUAUUGACAGUUGCACUGACCAUCAAUGCCGUUGUAUGGUUCUUUUAUGGGCUUCUUCUCCGUGAUUUCAAUAUCGCGAUUCCAAAUGUACUUGGGUUCACUUUCGGUGUUGUUCAAAUGAUCCUCUACUGCGUAUUCAAGAACAAACACCGAGCCAUGUCUAAAGUAAUUGUCGGCAAUCUUGAAGAGGAAAUCGGUAAUUUGGAGGAGCAAAAAAUCCCAGCUGAAGAUGUGCUAGUUAUAGAACAGAAAGUGAUCGGUAUCGCGAUGGGAGUUUUAAUCUGUGCUGAAAUUCCUGUGGUUCCAAAACUAAACAAAAGUGAUUCGCUUCCCGUUAUUAAAAAGAUACUAAACAAAAGCAAAUCGCUUCCCGUGUUUGCAUCACUAAAGUCAUUCGCGAUACGAAGCUGAUCAUUAUUCUGUGGUGGCUAUAUCCUCAAUGCAAGUUAAUUUGUCGAUCGAUUUGAACCACUUCAAACCAUUGAGGCUACAAAGUGCAUGAUCAUCGAGAACUUAUUAUAUAUAUAUAUAUAUAUAAAUUAUAUAUGUAUCUUUCACGUUUAAUGUAGAGUAAACAAAUUGGGAUUGUACGUGUCAAACAGCUCGAGCUACAGUUUUUUAUCGCGAAACUUUAGCUUGCACUCAAGCAUUAUAUAA